UGGGCUCGGUCAGCGUGGCAUCGUCGCAAAGCUCAAAUUACAGCUCGCCAUCUCCAUCAUUAUCCAGUCUCCCAUACGUCCCGCCAUCUCCAGCGUCGUUUUCGUCCACUCCUUCGGCGUCGUCCAAGGUCUCGUUCGAUCUUGAGGAUGAAGGGAAUGUCACUAUCACCGCCAACCGCUCGUUGUCCAAGAAGUUGGGGAAGCAGAAGAGUCUAGAGGACAUACGACUAUUGGCGAUUUCCACCCACAUGACAGAGCUCUCGUUCGCGAUAUCCGACAUUCAGACGCGCAUAUUCGGAAUUCAGGAACUCAGACACAAAUCUCAAUCGUCGGGCGAUAAUGGGGCGAAUACUACGACUGUCAUAGACCAGUCACUCAUGACUCUCGACGAACGCCUGGAAUCCGUCGAGAAAGGCAUCAAGACUAUAAAUGAAACAUUGGAACCCCUCUUGCAAGCUACUGCAACACCAACUGUCUCGGAAAACGGAACAGGAACGGCGAAUGAGAAUGCAGCGUUGCUCCGGAAGCAUGCCACGCUGCUGUCAGAGUGGGAAGCGGUUCAGGACGAGAGCGAAGUGUUGAGGGAGGAGCUGAAGGAGGACAAAUGGCUGACGGUAUUCAGGACGGUGACGGACCAGGCAGACGGGAUGAUGUCGAGCCUGGAGAAGGCCGUCAACCGGUGCCAGGAGUUUAUAUGGCAAGUCCACAAACGAGGUGCUGAUGACUUUCAAUCCAAUGCCGCUCGUGAUAAGCAGCCUGUCUCGUUCGAGGUGUUUACUUCGCUUCUCGACUCGUAUGAAGCAAAGAAAAAGCAUUAUAUGCCCGCCACUUCCAAAGUUCUUUCUAUCAUUGAUAAAGGGGUCCGAGACCGCGUCACGAAGAAUGGGGAAACCCUACGAAGACACGCAGAAUCGGCGCAGCGGUGGAAGAACCUUCGAGAGCGGAUAACACGUACGGACACCGAGCUGCACAACGUGCGAAAGGUGCUGCUAAGUGGCGAUGGUUCGUCUGAUCACGAAUCAACGACGUCAGGAACAGCCUCGACGAAGAAUGGACAUCUCGCCACCCCCCCAAGCGGUUCAAGAGCCUCGAGAUUAUCAAGCUCAGCUAGCAGCAGCAUUUCGGGGUCGAUUUCACCGUUCAGGAAGUUCGCCCGAAAGAUAACGGGCUCGACCAAGGGUAAUCCAUCGUCGACACCUGUGCCACCUCUCUCCGUCAGCAAGAAGAACCAGCCUCUUCAGGAUGCACCAACGGUGUCGAGCCGUCGCUCGAGGGCGUCGCUCUUCAGCUCUAUGCGCGGACACGUGCCAACGACGCCUUUAACGCCUGCAACGCCUGAACGCGAACGAAUCGGGCACAAGUACAGUCAGAGCUAUACUCCUGAUUCUUCGCCUCGAGGACCGCAAGUCGAGAAGGCUGACAUCCACGCGACAGUUCGCUCGAACGCGCCCUCGAAGCAGCCAUGGAAUAGCUCCACGAGAAUCGCUCUAGAUGAUAAGGCAAAGCCAUCGUCCUCUAUACGGAGACCACCUUCAGCAAGUGGGAACUACGCUUCGUAUUACAACGACAUCCCACCUGUGCCACCCAUCGGGACUCCAUACCGGAGAAGCACAUCAAGAGCAUCGAUGGCAUCCUCGCGACCUUGGUCACCCGUCACUUCCUCCAUUUCGACGACGUAUUCCUCAUCUUAUUUCAAUAAUACGCCUCUACCACUACCUACCCUGCGAACACCGUCACGCGCACAGACGCCAUCGCGUGCGACUACUCCUGCGCUAGCGGCAACACCGCGCUCGCGACCCAAGACACCUAGUCAUAUCCCCGGGCCGGCGAAGAACCUGCGGUCAAUAUCCGGGGCGCACUCUGUUGGCGGAUGGGACGACGAAGACGCCUUCUCGCGCUCAGGUUCGCCGGCAUUCUCAACGUCGGCGCUGAGCCAAACUUCGCCGUCCUCUGUCCACCUGCACCCGCGACCGCCUAGCAGAUCGAUGAUCCCAGUCCCAAGCCUGCAUUUGUAUACACCGUCGCGACCGGGCACGUCAAUGUCGAACUUUAGCAGGUCGGAGAGCCCGAUGAUGCGUGGAGUGGGCACGUUCAGAGGGAACGCGUUACGCGCACAGACGCCUGAGUAUGCCCUUCGCGCACGGGCGCAGCUUGUGCCUGUGUUCCAGGGCCCUGGGUCGACAGCGACGACGCCGUCGAAGGGGCAGGGCCGUCCGUCGAUCUCGACGACAGCGAAGCUCCCACCAUCGAGCUUCCGUGAGGGACCUCCGAGCGCUCGCACGCCGUCGCGCCCUGGGUCACGUACAGGCGCAUGCACGCCCUCAAUGGACGCCAACGGAAGCCUGCCACUGCAUGAGUACAUCCCGGCCAGCAACUACGAUCCCCUCGAUGUUGAGGUGGCGUCGGUAUGCAAUUCCCUUGCGCACGGGCUGCUGGUUGAGCGCGUCGACCCCCCACUAAAGAGGAACCAGAUUCCGAAGGAGGGCGAGGAGGUACGCGCGCAGUACGCGUUCUCGAAUUCCCUGAGCAGGAAGGUGGUGACGUGCCGCUUGACAACGAUGGUGAGAAGUGCAAGGGCGGGCGGAGAAGGCGUGACGAAGAAGGUAAUGUGUCGAGUUGGUGGAGGGUGGCAGGACCUCAGUCAUUAUAUACUCAACCGUCAGGCAGGGCUAUAAG